CACGCUGCGCAGCCGAGGCCAUGGGCGCGCGGGCCUGCGCGCUGCUGCUGGCGCUGCUGCUGGCGCGGGGGGACCAGGAGAAGAAGCCGGAGUCGCAGGAGGCCGACCUGUUGUCAGGUUCCACAGAAGCUAGGCUGCUAUCAAGGCCCUGCGGCCACCGCGACAUCAUUCACCCGCUGGUGGUGGGCGGAGUGGAGACGGUGCGCGGGCGCUGGCCGUGGCAGGCCAGCCUGCGCUUGGACAAAGGCCACCACUGCGGAGGGAGCCUGCUCAGCCGCCGCUGGGUGCUCUCGGCUGCGCACUGCUUCCGGAGGUACUAUGAUCCUUCCAUGUGGUUGGUGCAGUUUGGGGAGUUGACUUCCAAGCCGACUCUCUGGAACCUUCGGGCCUACAUCAGUCGAUACGCGGUGCAGGAUAUCAUUGUGAACCCCAGCUACAAUGGAGUUUCAUUCAACGACAUAGCCCUGCUGAGACUGGCCACCCCUGUCACCUACACUAAGUACAUCCAGCCCAUUUGUGUCCUCUCAUCCACCUUCAUGUUCCAGCACCGGCCCGACUGCUGGGUGACUGGCUGGGGGGUACUCAGCGAGAAUGACACAUCUCUUCCACCUCCCUACAAGCUCCGGGAAGUGCAGGUCACCAUCUUAAACAACACCAGAUGUAAUGAACUGUUGGAACAACCCCCAGACCAUAGUAUAACCCAAGAUUCCAUGUUUUGUGCUGGUGCUGAGGAUGGCAGCGUAGACGCUUGCAAAGGUGACUCAGGCGGACCCUUGGUCUGUGACAAGGACGGACUGUGGUAUCAGGUUGGAGUCGUGAGCUGGGGAGUGGGCUGUGGUCGGCCCAACCGGCCCAGUCUCUACACCAACGUCAGUGUGUACUUCACCUGGAUAGAGACGAUGAUUUCCUGCACUCCACCCCGGCCGGACUCCUCUGGGUUACUGCUGCUCCUCGCUCUGCUGUGGUCCCCCCGACUCCUGCAGCUGGUCUGAGUCCGACAGAGCCCCUGAAGGUGCAGUGGGCACCACAGCCUUGGCACAUUCCUCUUGGGCCUUGGGCACUGCAGUGUCAGGGAUGCCUGCUGACAGGCCCCAGGCCCUGCUCUGUCCUGAUUGCUAAUAAAGACUGUGUAUGUUCAA